AUGUCUGAUUGCUCUGACCCAGCCAUCCGCGAAGCCUACGAGGAAGUCCGCAAGGAUGAUGUCGACACAAACUGGCUCCUCAUCACAUACGCUGAAGGAUCAGAUAAAGUUUGGUCACUUGUUGGCAAGGGCAAUGGUGGCCUUGAUGAGUUAAAGGAGCACCUUAACGAGAACUUCCGUGGCUUCGGCUACCUUCGCUGCACAACAGGCGAUGAGCUCUCUGUUCGCUCCAAGUUCGUUUUCAUCACAUUCUGCGGUGAAAAGGUUCGCCUUAUCCACCGUACAAAGCUUACAGUUCACAAGGCUGAUGUUCUUCGUGUUAUCGAGCAGGUUUCUAUCUCAAUCGAUGCCUCUACACUCGAUGAACUUCACAUGGACGACAUCAACGCACGCCUCUUCAAGGCCGGUGGUGCUCACUACAACCAAUAA